GUGCGUCACAGCCAGAGACAGAGCGAGAGAGAGAGAGAGAGAGAGAAAGAGAGAGAGAGAGAGAGAGAAAGUCGGACACCGUACGUUCGGAGGAAGCAUCCGGUCUGAGAAUUUUGACGAGAGAGGCCAGAUUCGAGAAUUUGAGUCAACACAUUCACACGAACACCAUCAGCGAGUGAAAUGUUCCCUCAGGGAGGUCUGUGUGAACUGAUACUGCUGUGUUUACCUGCACUGCAACAUGUCUCCCUCUCCGCGCCCGUCACGGAGAACAGCAACAUCUACACCACCCAGGGUGAUAAGGUGACCCUGCCCUGCCUGAUGGACUGUCCUCCGGGGACGCCGGUCACCAAGGUCACAGGCAAGUGGGAGUGGCAGGACAGGGAACAUGACAGCAGAGUCCAGACCAUCGUUCAGUACCUGGGCUCGGUUCCCCAGAGGGGAGCAAUCAGCCUGGCCACCAGGAGCAACGUUCACAGCAGCUACUCAUCGGGUAACUUCGGCUUGAACAUCGCUAGCGUCCAGGCAGAGGACGGUGGGAUCUUCAAAUGUGACUUUCGUUUCAAGACGUACACAGCCCAAGCGACAGUGCAACUGUAUGUGGUCCAAGUGACCUCCAACUCUUCAAACCCACUGCUCCAAGGUGAGGGGGUCUCUCUCAGAUGUCACACGCCUGCUGGACAAGUGAGCUGGACUGGCCCCCAUGGGGUCCGGAGGACUGAGAACCCGCUGCUCUUAGAGCGGGUGUCUCUCCAAGAGGGAGGCAAGUGGACCUGCAGUGUGGAGUUCACCUCCGGGGAGAGCUUACUCGUCUCUUACCAACUGGUGGUGAUUGGUUUUACUGAAUCUCCGGAUGAGACCAUCUACCUCCCGGCCGGGUCCAGCGCGCUGCUGCCCUGCAGCCUGAACCUCCUCCCCAGCUGGGACUCGGUGGGAGGGGGCUGGUUCCGUGCUGGGGCCGAGCUGCUGGUCCUGAAAGCCAGCGCCAGCGGCUGGGAGUGGCGGCCAGUCCAGGAGUCCCAUCUCCAGGCGGGAUCGGGCCGGAGCAACCGCAGGGACCUGUCAGUCAGUCUCCGCAGCGCCACGAUGAGCGCCGGGGACGAGUACCAGUGCCAACUGCGGCUACACCACAGGAGCAUGUCCCGCAGAGUGAGGGUCACCGUGAUCCAAGUGAAUGCCAGUGAGCCUGGAAGUGUCAAAGUUGGAGCCAAUGUCUCCCUUGAGUGCCGGCUUACCCAUUCCUCCCAAUUAACUCACCUUCGCUGGAGGCAGAACAGAUCCAGCAGCUCCGGCACAGUCAGCAGGCGAGGAAGGACAUCGCACACCAUCCAUCUGGUGGGCGUGAGCAGGCGUGAAGCGGGAGAGUGGAUCUGUGAGAUCCUAGAAAAUGACAGAGCUGUGGGAAAGGCAACAUAUACUCUCAACGUCACAG